UGCUGUCGACACAUAUGUGGUCUGUUCUUUUUCGCUGCACUACUGCACUGAUGCAGUAAGUUAGAAUGAGAAAAAAUAUAUUUAUCUCACUUUAACUUGUUGCAAAACUUCAUCAAAGUUUCAAGUAAUCGCAGAGGUCGCACUUUAAAACUCGCAUUUAAAAAACCGUGUAAAGUUGUAGCGCAUUGUAGUGUUGUUUGAUGCUGUUAUUUUCUCAAUUUUUCUCUAUUGUAUCUUUUCUUCACAAAGUUGUGUCAAUUGAAUCGAAUUGGAAAUUGAAAGAAACCUCUUUGCAAUACUGAAUUUUCACCAAGAAUUUUCAUAAAUGUUAAAAGCCAAUAAAGAUGCUCACGUGAAUCACACACGUGUGUCGACAGCCGCGAUCAUAUGAUCGUCGUUAUGUUGCGUCUCUCUCGCGGAUAAAUCCUUUUUUUUUUAAUUAAUGCCGAUUAUGUUGAAAAGUGAUCGUCGCCGAUCUAUCGGGUCUGUCUCUGGAGCGCGUAGAUCGAACAAGACUCCGCAGAAAUGCAGUCGCAAAAUACUAUUUCUCAACACCUGGAGACCAAGGGAUUCGAUCUGUCGGCUGGAAACACCUGGAUAUAUCCAGAAAAUUAUCCAGUCCGCCAGUAUCAAUAUAACAUAGUUAAAUCCGCUUUAUAUCGCAAUACCAUGGUUUGUCUGCCUACCGGUUUGGGAAAGACUUUCAUUGCCGCCGUUGUGAUGUACAAUUUCUGGAGGUGGUAUCCAUUUGGAAAAAUAGUAUUUCUUGCACCAACAAAGCCAUUGGUUGCCCAGCAGAUCAAUGCAUGCUACGAAGUGAUGGGAAUUCCAAGCAUUGAUAUGAUAGAACUGACAGGUGCGAUAAAUCAGAAGAAUCGUGAUAUAGCUUGGCAUAAGACAAAAAUAAUAUUUGCUACUCCUCAAGUGUUUCAUAAUGAUCUUGAAAGAUUUACUGUCCCGAGUCAAUUAAUCAAAUGCGUUGUAGUAGAUGAAGCUCACAGGGCUUUGGGUAAACAUUCAUAUUGUGAGUGUAUCAGAAUAUUAUCUGCACAAAAUCCACACUUUAGAGUAUUGGCACUUUCUGCUACACCUGGAAAUAAAAUAGACAAUGUUCAUGAAGUAAUACAAAAUUUAAAUAUUGCUCAUUUGGAAUUGAGAGAUGAGAACUCAAUUGACAUAGUGCCAUAUGUUAAUAAGAGAAAAAUAGAUAUUAUUUUGGUACCUCUUAGUGAUGAAUUGGCUGCGUUCAAAGAGAGAUAUAUUAUUAUCAUGGAUCGUCAUGUUAAGUUUCUUAUACAGUGUAAUGUAUUGCGAGGUCAUACUGCAAACAUAUCUAAAGGAAGGGUAUUUUACUUGUUAAGGGAAUUUAAAAUGAAGACAGACAAAUCUGGGAAUUAUGGACAAAUUAUAAAGACAUUGAAUAUAUUGUUAACUAUGUAUCACGCUUAUGAACUUAUGAUUAGGCAUGGAUUGCGUGCCUUCUGUAAAUUUUAUGAAACUCAUUCUGAUAAAUUUUGGAUUCACAAUGAAGAUCGAUUACGAGAUUUACUUCGUGACAUAGAAACUUAUCUCGGGCCGUUUCCAGAGUUGUAUCCUAAUGGAGAUGUAUCUGAGAUAUCUACAGAUAUCGUAUUUGGUCAUAAUAAAUUUUACAAAUUGAAAGAGUUGCUUGAGCAUCACUUCAAUAGCAACAAUGGCGAACGAAAGGAUACAAGAGCUAUCGUUUUUGUCGAAUACAGAGACAUAGUCAAUGAGGUUUAUAUUUUGCUUUUGCAAUCAAAACCAAUAAUUAGGCCACAGAUGUUUGUUGGCCAAGCGAGUCAGAAGCAAAAGCAACAAAUAAAAGCGUUGGAAGACUUUCGAAGUAAUCGGGUGAAUGUCCUGAUUUCGACAAGUAUAGGUGAAGAAGGAUUGGAUGUCGGAGAGGUAGACUUAAUAAUAUGUUUUGAUGUAUCACAACAUUCUCCGACACGACUGGUUCAAAGAAUGGGUAGAACAGGGCGCAAGCGAGAUGGUCAUAUAAUUGUUCUUGUUACAGACGGGAAAGAACAUGAGAAUUUGAAGUCUACGUUUUCGAAAAGGGACUCUCUGAACAAUAAAAUAUUAAAUACAAGCAACAUAUCAUCUUCCUUGUAUAAUAAUAAUCCUAGAAUGAUACCAAAUCAGUUUACUCCAGAAUGUCACAAGAUACAUAUUACACCAUUACAAAGUGCUACACCAGUUAUAAAUCGUAAAAGGAAGAGGAAAAAUGUUAAUGAAAGGAAUGAAGCAUCCAAUACAAAACAGAAAGCAAGUUUAUCUAAAAAAGGAAAUCCAAAUCAAUCAAAAUCAAUAACGAAAUUUCUUGUCGAUGGUACAUGUAACGAAAAAAAUCGGGAUAACACAUGUAAUAUUCUUACUCAGUUAACAACACAAAAUAGCAAGUAUAAUAAUAACAUAAAUCCUAAUAAUGUCAAACUGUUAACUGACGACACCGCGGGGAUUGAUUUCCUGACAUUAUGCGCACUAAAGAAAUCGGAGGAAGAGAUGUCUUCAGAAGCUGUAUCUCAAAUGGAUACGACUUACAUCCCUGUGUCAAAGUCGUUUGAUUUGUUCAGUUUCAUAGUACCUGACAUAGAAAUUAUUAAUUGUUCAUCUUUUUUAGAUAAUUUAACAGUAGACAAUUUAACGCAAUAUAAAGACAAUGAAAAUAAUUCAUCUACACAAUGUAAAAACAAUGAAGAUAAGAAUAUUGACAAUAAUGAUUACAUCAAUUUUGAUGAUAACUUUUGGGGCACUAUCCGAAAUGAGAGGAAUGUUAUUAAUAACGAUGAAAUAAGAUUUGAAGAUAUACUUGAUGAGAGUUCCGAUUCGAACGAAACAACAAUUUCACAUCUAAACCAACGAAUUACAGAUAUAGAGAUAAAUACAAAUGAACCAUCUACAUCUCAUACGAAAGUGGAUAACAAAGUUAUAACUGGUGCAAGAGCCGAAUUGUCAACUAAUAUACUAGAAGACCUAGAACCUUCUAUAUUUGAGAACAUAUUAAAUGACUCAUUUAGUUCAAUCGACGAUGAUUUAAAUGAUAAGGAUGAUACAUUAUUGCGAAAUACGAUAUCUCCGAAUCAUUUAAAUGUUUCUACUGAAAUUCCAGAAGAAAUUAAUGUAACGCACAAGACUGACGUUAAUACCUUUCUUAAUGAAGAUAAUGUCGCUACUGAUCAAAUUUUAUCAGGAUCUAUAAAACUUACUAAAUCUUACGAAAUAAAUAGAUUCGCUAGUUUUAUAGAUGAAGUGCAAGAUGUGGAUUUUAAUAGUGAUGUUGAUCUAAGUGAAUUUGUUAAGCAUGACUCUAAUAAAAAUAAGCCAAUAAAUCAGAAUAACUCAAUACAUCAGAACAAGUCAAUACACAAUUCCAAAGCUGAAGAGAGUUUGUUGUCCAUAACUCAAGCCAUUGACGAAAUAGCACAAGUGAAAGAAAAAGUGAAAACGUCAAGAUCUUCUGUAAGUAAAGAAAAAUUGACUAACGAGAAUAGUAUUGGUUGGAUUUCAGUCAAUAUUAAAAAUGACAUUAAAGUUGGGAAAAACGAUACAAAUUCGAAAACAAAUAACAUUAUAUCAUCAAAUACUUAUUGCAAUUCUGCUGCUAAAUCACAUACGGUUAAACAAUAUCUCGAUUUCCUAGAUGAUUCCGAUGAAGAUUUUAUGAUUACAGAGGCUAACGUUAACAAAUUUAAUGAGCUUGAAAGUUGUUAUUUUCACAAUUCAUCAAAAGAUGAUAUUAGCUGCAUGCCCAGUACAUCGAAAAACUCGGGAAUAAAAAACGGUUAUGUUGAUAAUACAUUGAAAAAUUUAAAUACUAAAGACAGUUAUUUUGAUAAUAUGUCUAAAAGUUUGAAACCAUGUGAAAUAUCGACGCCGAAACAUGAUAAACGUCCGAAAUUGUCUUUGAGGCGAAAUAAAGCUCAGCAAGUUUCGGAUACGAUAGAUUUGAGUUUUUUUAAAGCGCCUAAUAAAUGCGUAAACGACACAACAGACAGAAAUAUUUUAAAUUCUAGCUCUGAUGCGCGAAAGCAAAUCUUUUCUUUAAACCAAAAGCUUGCACAGAAGAAAAGCAAACGUAGACUUAAACGCGAAAUCAUUGCCAGGAAUGAGUUUAUAGAUGACGAAGCAGAAGUAGAGUCCGAUGCCAGCACGGACGAAAUUAUUACAGAUGAUGAGGAUCUUGGAGAUUUCGUGAGCUAUACACAAAUCCCGCAAGAUCAAAUAGACAUGCACGCGCAUUAUCUGCAAACCAUCAAAAGUCCGAUAAAGAGACCAGGCGCCUUCUAUUUUAGAAAACCACGGUCACCCGAUCCUAAUAUACAGAUUUACUCACAGUUUUCACCACGAAGAGAAGACUCGUAUAUUAAUGAUUCGUUUUGUGUCGCGGGAGAUGCUGAGCCAAGCACACUGGUCCAUAACGAUUCGUUAUUAGAUAAAUUGGAAAGGGAAUUGGAACAAAAGAGACGGAAACGUCUCUAUUCCGAUAACGAUACGAAACAUACCAAAAAGAAAAAGAUGAAUAAUAUCUUAAAUUGCUCUGUGAGCAGCGAAGAUGAGAUCGAACAAUUGCGUGUACAAGUUCAGGAGGACUAAUUGAGGAAGUGAAUAAAAAUGUGAAAUCAAGCUGUGAUGCGUUAAUAAUAAGUUAUAGAACGCAGUAAGCAAAUUUAUUUUCAUAUGUACAGAAUGUGAAUACUCGUUAAAUGUUUAUAUGUAUUUUUAUACACCAACGUAUUUGUAAUAAAAUUAUGUACAGAUCUAUCUUUAUAAUCAAAUGACACAACGACUUAUAAACGACAGCAUUUCUUCGUAUCUUUUUCUCCCGUUUAACGCGUGAUUUCCUAUCUAAAAUACACUUUACCUCAUCUACUGAAAAAUCUUCUAAUGAUAUUUUUAUUGUUAAGUGUAUAUAUAUAUAUAUAUAUAUAUUGCGGUAAAAAAAAUGAUUUGUAUAUAACUUAUUUAUAACUUACAUCCUUUUAUAUAUUGAUUCAUGAUGAAUUCAUUACGAAUCUAUUAAUAACAUCUUUCAAUUAGUUACAAUCAAUAAUAUUAUUUUUAACGGUAGGAGACAAGUUGCACGCAUAAAAUUAUGCAAUGUUAUAUGAAAUUAAUCGAAAUAUUGUUAAUACAUUUUUUUCAUAUCGUUGUUGCUUCUAGUGUUUGAUAUCUAAUGUCAAAUGUCAUAUUUAUCUAGAAAUGUCAGUGUCCAGAUAUCGAUAACAGAACAAUAAGUAAGCCAUUAUGUCAUGACUAUAGAAUGCGCAAAGUAUCUUUUUAGAUAUGAGAGUUAAAAACCAUUAGUAGGUAGACACAAAAUAUAUCAGUAAGUUACAAUGUAUACAGGUACGAAGUAUAUAAAGAGCUGUAUGUAAACUAUCAUGUCUCAGUUCCAAAUUUCUGUCGAGUGAAAGCACCUCGACAUCGUUGAAAAAGUCUCUUGAAAGUACUUUCCACAAAAUAGAGUGGAAUAACUAAAUAGCAAAUAAUUAAGAAAUAGCGUUACGCCGCAGUUGUAAUUUAAGUGCAUUUAAAUUAGGCUUGGUCGAAUUAAGAAAAGAUGUAUCGUGCAAUAAUCAUUUGUUUGAUUGUUAUUGGAUAUACGGAGGCAAACAAUCAUCCGUUAUAUCAAGAUAGGCUAACAAGACAAACGACUUCUGACUUUCCGUAUCCAACCUAUUCGGAUAAGCUGGUUACAACCGUACCUCCUACAGUCUCUUUGUCUUCGCCUUCCCCGUCUUCGACUUUGUCUUCUCUGUCUGUUUCGCCCUCUUCGCCUUCAACAGAUAAGGUUUCUGACAAGAAAAAUCUCGAAGAAUCAACUGCAGUAUCCAACUGGCGCGGCAAGUUAUAUUAUUAUAGCGAAAUUGGUGGCAAAUAUUUACAAGAAGUCGCCACAGCAAUUCUUCUUGGCUCAUCUCUUGUGCGCAUAGUUUGCGAAUACACAUCGCUCUGCUCCUAUCUGGCGGCAAGAUUAUUGUCAGAAGAAGUUACCCGUGCAUUAACACUGUAGUCCAAUUUUAAUGAGUUGAUUAACCAAGUCUACGAUGCAGUGGAAAACUACUCCAAGAUGCAGAAAAGUGAUUAAUACUAUUUACGUAUUUUAUUAAUCGAAAUUUUUACUAUACUUUUUGGCUUUAAUAUCCCUUUUUUUUCAUUAUUACAUUGUACUGUUUAUGUACUUUAUGUUAUAUUAGUAUUGUGCUUAUUUUUGCAUUUGAUUUGCUUUAUGUAUUAUGAAUACGUUUUACAUGUUAGACAAUCUUCUGCAAUGAUGUGUGUACAUUAAAAACGUUUCAAUAAAAAAAAACGAUAAAACGU